GUUCCGACCGUCCCACCGAUGUCUUGGCUCGCGGCGCGCGCGGCGCGUGAGGCGUGCAGCACCUCCGGUCGCCGCUCCCUCCUUCGCGGCGCGAUCGCCUCGUGCAUCGCGCGCGGCGCCGACGCCGACGCCGUCGCGCCACACCCGUCGUCGCGAUGGGAGACGGCGUUCCCGUCCGCGCUGUGGCGCCAAGAUCGCGGGGCCAAGAGGGCCAACAGGCGCGUCGAUGUCGUGCUCCUGCAGGACGUCGAAGGCUUGGGACGCGAGGGCGCGGUGGUGAACGUGAAACCCGGCAGGGCGAGGAACCACCUCGUGCCGCACAAGAUGGCCUCCUACCCGAACGAGCACAGGCUCGCAGAGGCGGCUGCCAAACGGGAGACGUGGGACGAAGCCGUCGUCAAAGAGGCGAGCGAAGACGCCGCGGCAAAGGAGAACAAGAUCGCGCUCGGCAUCCUGGUGAACACGCCGCUGGUGGUGAAGCGCAUCGAGGACAAGACGACGAAGCAGCCGCGAUUGCCGGUGACCGCGGAGCUUCUCCAGAAGGAGGCUCUGCGACAGCGCCAGCUCGAGUGCGACGCUCGCAUGUUCGUGAUGCCCAAGGAUGGAGCCGCGCUGAAGACGUUCGGCGAGCACAAGGUGCCGCUGUGGAUAGACAAGAGGCAGGUCCCGGAGGAGCAAACGCUGACGGUGAUCGUCAGGAAGAAACGGUGAGAGCCUCGCGGGCGCCGUCCUCGUCGUUGUACUCGUAACCCCUAGCGCACGUAGCCAUUUUGAUGAGAAGGACGCGAAAUCGCGUUUUC